GCGUUGCUGCUUUGCUUUGUGCCAUCGAAGUGUCCGUCUCGAAGGUCCCGAAAACCGAACGCAACACUCGCGCGUGUUUGUGUCCCCGCGACAGGUAAAAAUAAAUUAACUAGGUGUACCCGGAAGGGGAAACAGCUUGCACAAUAGAGAAAGUGACCAAGUGGCACGUCGACUGUGUGUUCACAGGGAAGAGGGGGCAGGACGAAUUGCUGCCGCCGCUGUAUGAUGCCGCUUGCCGUCUACCCGCUGUACGGCCGGCCAGUGAGAUGAGUGUGUACCACGAUGAGGUCGAAAUCGAGGAUUUCGAGUACGACGAGGAGGAAGAGAUGUACUACUACCCGUGCCCGUGCGGCGACCGGUUUCAAAUCAGCCGGGAAGAGCUGAUCGCGGGCGAGGAGGUCGCUACCUGCCCGAGCUGCUCGCUCAUAGUGAAGGUGAUCUACGAUCCGGAAGCGUUUGCCGCGGAACAGGACGAAACGGAAGCGGUGGCGGGUAAAGCGACCGAUCAGCUGGAAAAGAACUAAACUGGUCAAGUGUGAAUAUUAUGAAUAAUAAAGCUAGUCGCAAACCAGAUAAAAAGGAGGAAAACACAGAGUGCAUCAACAAUUAAAACACUAACAAGUACAGUAUGGUGAAAAUAACUUACAGGUCCCGUGUGCACACGCGUGUUACGGUUCUGUUUUGCUGUAGUCUAACUUCUUCGCGCGUGGAUUCACCGAAGAACGGGUCAAACGUUUUGCGGCAUCUGAAAAUAUAAGUGGAAAAACAUGAUCAUAGUACAAAA